GCAGUGAGCUGGUCUCUGAGGUUUGGAGGCGGAACAAUAUCUGGAGUGGCGUGAACCUGACUAAUGAGAGGGGGAAAGCGGGUUUGAACUGUCCAAUGAGAUGACCUAAGCGACGAUGGCUAUAAAAAGAGCUGCCAGUGCCGGGCGGUAACUGCAGUCGUCGCCGGUGAUAGCAGGGCUGGGAGGUGCGGGAAAAUCAUCUCCCGCUAGCCGCUUCCUCGGGCGCUUCCUGACUCCCAUCUUCCCCCGCCAUGACCACCACGACCACCUACAAGGGGAUGGACCCCAGCGGCCGUAGCAGCUCCAGGGUUCUUCGUCCUCCAGGUGGUGGUUCCAAUUUCUCAGUGGGAUUUGAUUUGCCAAAAGACCAACCAGUGCGAAGAAACAAAAUGGCAUCUAGCAUCUUUGGGACUCCAGAAGAGAAUCCACCUUCCUGGGCUAGGUCAACAGCUGCAGCAGCUGAUAUCAGUGAAAGUUCUGAAGCACCUGGGUCAGAAAGGAGAAGCUCUACUGAUGCAAACUGUGGAGACUAUGUAGAUCCAAAGGGUGGUGAAGUUGAGGUUCCUGAAAAUAUUGAAGCUGAAAUAGAAGCCGCUUCAGGUCUGAGUGAAGAAAAGCCCGUGCCGGCAGCACCUGUUCCCAGCCCAGUAGCCCCACCACCUGCACCAUCUAGGAGAAAUCCACCUGGCGGAAAGUCCAGCCUAGUUCUUGGUUAAACUUGAUCUUUUGCUCCUUCUAACUACUUGGAACUCAUGUCUGUCAUCUUUUGUUUUCCUUCCAUGCUUGUGAACUGCACAACUUGAGCCUGACUGUCCAUCUCAAACGAUCAUUAAAAGAAGCACUUUAUGUACUUCAUCUCUUUUUAAGGAAGGUUUUUUCAACUUCUGUCUUGUCUCUCUUGGGUCUACUGGAAGUGGCAUGUGUGGUUCCCCCCCUAGUGGUAGACUUAGAGCAGUGGUAUUCGCUAUGCAGCCCAUGGCUGACAGGAGAAUUUCUAAGGUAUCUAGUAGUGUGUAUCAUAAACUAGGCUGGUUGGUUCUGAAUGUGCUAGGUGGCAUCUUUGUCCUGAAAUUUGUAGAAACCUCUUAGGUGGCUUAGAAUGGUGGAAAGUCAGGGUUGUACAUAUCAGGAGAUAAUUGACAAAUGUAUUCUCUUCCCUACUCAUCUCUGCCACACGUACUGGUUGGCUAUUCAAUAUAUCAUUCCAUCACUGGUAAAUGUCGGAAGCCCUGUUGCGCAUUACAGAACAGUAGAGAUGUGGUGCUAGUAAUUACCAUGCUGCCUUCAACAAGAGGAAUCUUGGUUCAGCCACGACAAGAUGAGGCCAGUGCCAAAUAUAGUGCUGGUGAUGCGAGCCUGCUGUUCUGUUGCCCCAGUGUUGGACCUUCCAUUUUUAAGUGAAGAUGGAAUGGGUCUUACAAAAGUGAGUAUUGGGUGGGGAAAAAUUCUGGGGCAUUCUAGUCCAAAUGACUCCAGUGCUAUGCAUGAUCAUGCUAGUGCUUGACCAUGAGGUGAAAAUCUCAUCCUUCUAAAUGUGUGUUGUAAUUUGACAAAGCUGGAUUGUUGCUUUAAAAAUAAAGGAUAUAGAAAUUUUGAA